GAGGAAGGGCGCGUGCCAAUUCUCUCCUUAAACAAACAAACGUGUCUUCUAAUCAAGCAUUAGAAAAAUUAAUAGCAAUAUAAAAAAUUAACUAAAAAACUGAUUUAACAAUAAUUAAUAAAUCCGCGAGUGCAGUGUUCAAAGAAGCCGCGAUCUUAAAUAAAAAUCGAAAUAGUUAAGCCAUAAAAGUGUACAAAAAAUAUUUAUUUAUUCCGAUCAAAAAGUACAAUUUGUUGAAUUUAUUGUUUGCUGGAUUUAUUUUUAAAAAAUUGUUGGUGAAUUAAGAAUAGUUCAAAAAUAAUAAAGGUUUAGUGGUGAAGAAUUCGCGUCUCAUGUUGAGUGAUUAGGAUAAUGCCAAUUAGGAUAAUCCUCAAUGGGCAACAAUUUCUAGCGUCAUUUGCUCGCAUCCGCAGCUGCAUCUGAAAAUCCGGAAAAGUGUAUUUUGAAGACUAGCUUGGGCUAUGCAUUUGCUAUGCGUGUGUAGAGCUGAGAAAGAUUACGAGAGAAAGAAUCAGGUGCAAUUUCCUGAGCAGUCUACGUGAUAACAGAUUCUAAGAAAGAGGUGGACAUUUCGAAACAUGGCUUCUAUGUGCGGAAGUAGCAAGAGUCAUCCGGCAUUAACGACCAGCAGCUUCUACCGACCUGGCGCUUAUCCUUAUCAGAGCGACUAUUUUCUUCCGCCGAGAUCAGCAUGGUCGAGAGUGCCUCCACAGACUUCAAAAAAGAAGAAAAACCAUUCAUCAUGGAAAGUUGGAAACACUAUGUUAAUCAUAAUAGGCAUGCUAGUUUUUACUGCCGUUUUAGCAAUAGGAGGUCUAGCUCUAUGGAUGGGAGCUUUUAGGACAGACUCAAAAACUGCCAUUAUAGGUUUUACCUGCAGCUUCAGGGUAGUCAAAGGGGAAAAAUAUAACCCUAUGUUAAAGCUUAAUACUAGUAUGGUAUUCAGAGAUAAAGAGCGUAAAUACAAAAAUAUUGUUGAAAAUCUUUUUAGAAGUAGUGUCAUAGGACCUUCCUAUAAACACUCAGUGAUUGACAAAUUCGAAAAUGGAACUUUGAAAGUCUUUUUCAGACUCUAUCUAGACAGGAGGAAGAUUCCAAGAACAAUUGCAAACAUAGAAGACACGAUAGAAGAAAUCAUAAUCAAAGAGACUUACUCAUUAACAUCCCUUUUCAAAGAUAUGGAACUUGAUUUGACGAGUGUCGCAGUAAAAAGGAUAAAUCCAGAAGCAAAUCCCAGUCAAAAAUCAAGUCCAGUAAGUCAACAACGGAACGCGAUGAUAACUAAAAACGGAAUUUUGAGACCAAGCAAAAAUAGUUCACUUCUCACGAAUACAAAACCUAAGCGACCAACAAAAAUGGAACCCAACGAGCCAGAAAUUGAUUUUAAUAAUGUUCCGACUAUUCAAGGAACCUACAAAGCAACCAAAUUAAUUCCCUCUCCAAAUUCUACAACUAUGAAAACAAAUUCCAAUGAUUUAAAGGAAAGUUCUAGCUCUCCUAAAAUCCAGGAAACCACAAAAGUGACACCAACAACUAUAGCAGACACAACGACAGAAGCAGCAAAUAAAAAAAAAAGUGCAGUGACACCUGAAACUGAAUCUAGGAGAACAACAUUUCCAACUCUUUCAACAACCGAUCAAAAAUUAGAAGAAAUUCACAAAGAUUUUAUUAAGCCAGAUUUUGAAACCUCACCCUGGAAACCUAUUAUUCCAACAUUCAUCAAUACUGAUUUAAAGCCCUUGCCUGAAAGAAUACAUCCCUCACUAACUUCUCAAUUCGAUCUUGAGCCAACCAGGAUGACGAAUCAAUUUAAUGAAAACCUGAGGGAUAAGGAAUUAAUUCGAGACGAAGAAUUAAUUUUAGGCACUCCAAUUUCUGAAGUUAAGCCGCCCGAUUUCUUCUUAAAUAUUAAUCAGUCGCAAGUUAACAGACCUAAUGCGGAUCCUCCUGGAAUGAAUACUUUUGAUAUAGAAGAAACGGACUUUCCCCAUGAUAGAAUUGUUCCUCAAGAAAUGGUCAAUUUCAGAGUGAACGGUAAAUUCAGAAACAAAUUACCAGCCUUUCAAGAAAAUGCUACAGAGAAAGAAUACUCAAACCCUGACAUUGAAGUUUCUGGUCAUGUCCCCCCUGACACUUACGAAAUUCGUCUGAAAACAUCUUCAGAAUCUGUGAAAGAUAUUGAAAAGAGUCAAAUGGGAAUAACUCGUCCUCAGGAAAAUUCUGGAAUUUCUUCAGAUUUUAUGGAGAAAAAGCCAGUUAGUAGAUUGGAUGAUGCGAGCUAUUUGGGAACGAAGCCUGCAAUUGAAUCUGAUUCUGAAACUUCUCCAUUGCCAAUCUUGCUGAUUGGAGACUCUGAUGAGAAACCAGUUUCCGAUUUUAAGGAUUUGCCUAUCAGAAUUUCAGGUGUCGGGAUUGCAGAACCUGUUUCUGAUUUUGAAAUGGAUCUUGAAUCGAGGAAUAGAUUUUCCGAUGUAUCAGCAAUUAGUGACAAUGAAGAUUUGGCGGAAAAGAGAUUGGACCAGGUUCUCCAACAACCGAUUUAUACUAGUUAUAGAACUCCAGAUUUAAAUGGUGGGGCAAGACCCAGUUUGGUUGAAAAUCCUGGGACCUUGAAACCCUUUAGACACACGAUUCCUGUUGAUAAAAUCACUUCUGCUUUGGAUGCUGGUACGAUCAAAGAAGCUGAAAGUACUGACAAUAGGACUCGAAUUGAUAACAACGAAGAUUUAAGUGCAAUCAAAGAAACUGAAAGUGAGAUUAAAGAAAGUGUAACUGAGGUUAAAGAGAAUGAAAGUCAUCAAGCUGGGGUGGCUUCUAUAGCUUCUAUUGAAUUUGAACCAUCUGAUAAUAAAAGUAUGGAGAUCAAGCAUAUCCUAAGUGCCAACUCCCCUGAUCCGCCAAUUAAAAAACAAAAUAAUACUCCAAGUGAACAUUUGCCCAAUAUGGAAAGAAUUGUUGAGAUUGAGACUGUUGUUCAAGGUACUGAUGCUGAUAGUCUUUUUAGAGUAAACCUACCCACUAAGGAUUCCAAGAUCGAGUUGACUGAACUCCCAGUCUCAAAAAUACCAUCAGUUUCAGAAAAGCCUUUAAAAGCUGAUUCAUUAAAAACCAAUGCAGAUGAACUACCAUCUGGAUUAGAAACUUCGACUGCAGCAGAAUCAACAACAACUAAAAUCACAAGUUCAAGGAAUACGACCUUCGUAGAGAUCGACACAUUUAAACACAUUCCAGGGGAAAGUUCUAUUCAAGGGAAAGGUGAAGUAGAAGUCGGGACUCUAGAAGAAGAACCUUCUUUGUGGUUUGCAGGAAACGAAACAUCAUCGUCCACACCAGAAAAAGAGAAGAAAACUUAUAAUGAUACUUUGAGAGCUAAUGUUGUCAUAAAUUUAGUAACUUUAGCACCAGCUAAAAGCAACACUGGUAUCAGACCCAUUCGACCUAGACCUAAAAAUGAUAAGGAAAAAUCCACUAGGCUUUUAGACAAAACUUCAACUUCGAGUCAAAACCCUGUUGAUCUCGAUGAAGCUACUUUACUAGAUAGGCUUUUUAAUUUACAAUCAGAUAAGGAAAUCAAAAGAGAGUUUGUCAAUCUUGAAAAUGGGGCGAAAAUAGAAAAACCAGUAAAACAAGAAAAUGGUAGCGUGGAGCAGAUUAUUGAAGUCGUUACUUCAAUCAGUACGAAAGUAUCAUCUAGUAUUCAAAACAACCCUGUUUUAAAGCUUGUUGUUUCGAAUUCUUCAAUUCCAGAAGGACCACAGAAUUCGGGAAUUCUAAGACCAGAGUCUGGGAUUAAAAAACCAGAAUCUGGAGAAACUAGAACUUUUAGAGAUAAAGAUAAAUUAAAGGAAGGAAUCAUUUCUUGGCCUGGUGACUCUCCUGAAUUAAAAUCCAUGCAGACGUCCGAUAGGAAAAUCUCUGCUGCAGAGGAAAAUAAACUUCUGCUGGACCAAUUGAAGAAAUUCGCGGAUGUGAGAACCGAAAAUGAUGAAGUCACUCCUAAACCAAAUAUUAAAUUCCAAGAGGAAAGUAUUCUGAAUUCCAAUCUGGAUAAUUUGAAGUCUCAGACUUACCAGGUUCACCCAAAUGUGGAUGAUUUAAAGAAAAUUGCUGCUGUCACUGCCGGAAAUGAAACUCUGUUGAAGAAUUCUUCUCUGACAUUUUCUUUCAGUAGAGAUGGAGUUGAGAUUCUGACAAAAGUUUUGACGAAAGUAGAAGAUCGAACUGAUAAAAAGAUAUCUACAACUGAAGAGAAUGCUCUGCAAAGCACCGAAAAAUGUACAGGAUUUCGAUGUAGUGAUGGAAAAUGCUUGCCGUUUGGAGCUCGUUGUAACAUGUUAGGAGAAUGUCCAAAUUCAGAAGACGAGGCCAAUUGUACUUGUGCAGAUUUUUUGAAGGCCCAACUUUUGCAUCAAAAAAUUUGUGAUGGUGUCGCUGACUGCUGGGAUUACUCUGAUGAAAAUAAUUGUGAGUGGUGCAAGGAAGGACAAUUCGUUUGCGGAAACAGUAGAUUCUGCAUCGACCAAAAUAAAGUUUGCGAUGGCACCCGAGAUUGUCCAGCAGGUGAAGACGAGAAAAAAUGUGCCGCAUUGAUAGACGGCAGCGUGGACCAAUAUUUCGAAAAGAAAAAAUUUCCUCAACCUUUUCUCCACUCAGGAAAGAAUGGUAAUCCUGAAGGAUUAUUAGUUGAACAUGAACCAAAGAUUUUUGAAAGACGCUCUGAUGACGAUCAGUUGGCUGUUGAAUCUUCUCUUCUUGAUACAACUACUACCGGAAGUGAGGAACAAAUCCGAGCAGAAAAGCUAGUGGAUUUUAAGGAUGGUGCCAACUUUACUGAAUCGGAGGAUAAAAAUUUCAAAGAUGUAGUUUCUGGGAGAGAAAUAGCUUCGAAUUCUAAAACCAAUCUGAUAUCUGGAAACUCCUUUCAGACGAGUACAAAGGGCGGAACUUCCUUUAUUAAAAAUAACAUUCAUCGAGAAAUAAAUAGCUACAAUGACAGGGGAUUUUUGCAUGUCAGGAAAAAUGGAAAGUGGGGGAAACUUUGCCUAAAUGGGGUGAAUAGUUUUCUGGAGGAGAGGCAGACAAUGUGGACUGUUGAAGAUUUGGGAAGAGCUGUCUGCAAGGCGAUUACUUAUCAGGAUUACGAAAGGGUAGAAAAGGUUAAGGAAGACUUGUCUCUUAUGAAUGGGCAUUAUUUCAGUCUCUCAUUCAAUGAUAAGGUAUCAGACAGGCCCAGCUUAACUUUUAAGCCCACGGAUUGCCCCACUGGAGAAGUGCUCAAAGUGAAAUGCAAAAAUCUGGAGUGUGGAAUUAGGACCCAAGUUCAAUCACAAGCAAGGAUUGUCGGUGGCGGUAGUUCCUCGGCUGGAAGUUGGCCCUGGCAAGUUGCCCUUUACAAAGAGGGCGAUUAUCAGUGCGGAGGUGCUCUUAUCAGUGAUAGAUGGGUCCUAUCUGCUGGACACUGCUUUUAUCGUGGUCAGAACGAGCACUGGGUUGCAAGAAUUGGAGCGACUCGAAGAGGAAGUUUUCCCAGUCCCCAUGAACAACUUUUGAAGUUGGACUACAUCUCCCUCCAUCCUGAUUAUAUUGAUAAUGGAUUUAUCAAUGACAUCGCUCUUUUGAGACUCGAAUCUUCUGUAGAAUUCAGCGAUUAUGUUCGACCUGUUUGUCUACCGGAAUCAGAACCCAGAACUGGAACGAUGUGUACAGUUACUGGCUGGGGCCAGUUAUUCGAAAUUGGAACGAUUUUCCCUGAUACACUUCAAGAAGCAGAACUUCCAGUAAUUUCAACAGAAGAUUGUCGCAGGAGGACAUUAUUUUUACCUCUCUAUAGACUCACAUCUGGAAUGCUUUGUGCCGGAUUGAAAGAUGGCGGGAAAGAUGCAUGCUCAGGUGACAGCGGCGGUCCACUUGUUUGUUCAGAAUCUGACAACAGAUACACUCUCCAUGGAAUAACUUCGAAUGGUUACGGAUGUGCAAGACCAGGAAGGCCAGGAGUUUACACAAAAGUUUACCACUAUCUUCCUUGGAUAAAACGAACAACAGAUAGAGAGGAAAUUCCAGCAAUGGUGACUUCUUGCAAAGGUCACAGAUGCCCUUUAGGAGAAUGCCUCCCUAAAUCGCGAAUAUGCAACGGAUUUCUCGAAUGCUCUGAUGGCAGUGAUGAAAGAAACUGCACCGCAAAUCAACCCUGAAAAGACUGACCUUAAAUUAUAUUUUAAAUUUCGUUAUAAACAAUAGGAGUGGGUCGAAAAAACUCAAGAAAUUUGCAAAAUUUCUAUCAAAUUGCUCAAUGGUGAGACAGUUUUUUUCUUUUUUAAGUUCGGAAUGUCACAAAGAAAUUUUUCAGUCCUAUCAACGAACCUAAUAAUUUUGAGUUUUUUCGGCUCAUCCUGAUGAAUAAUUAACGACGUUGAAUAUUUUACUCGAAGAUCGACGAUGAGAAAUAUUCAACUUCUUGUAAGAAACUGACGAAUUUAGUUUUAUUAAUAAGACUUGACACUGUUUGUGAUACCUGUUAUUCUUGCAAAUUGCGAGAUAAUUUUGAGUUAACAUCUUACAGAAAUUUUUAGAUUUGAGACGAUUCAGAUAUCUUCUAGCUCACCAUGCAUGUACAUAGGUAGAAAAUAAUUUAAUUGUAAUUGUAUAUCGUAACAUAAGUGUAAAAUAAUCGAUCUAAAAAUAAUAAUUUUUAAAAA